GGCCGAGCGGCUGGAGCCGGGCCUUGGCAGCGAGAGACCAGCAGGGGCUGCCUUUCUGAGCCCGCUGCAAGGUUGGGGGACGGCAGGAGUGCUCGUGCCGGGUUGCUGUAGUCAUGUCUGUGACCGCCGGGGGCCUGGCCCCCGUCAACUUGCUCUCCCAGGCCGAUCCCAGCCGGGCACUCCCACCCCUCCGGGGGUCCGGCGGAGAACAGUGACCCACACCGUCCGUGCGUCCUGGGCCCGCCUGGGCGAACAGGAAAGCCCAGAGGAUGGCUGCCGAUAUGCAGAGGAAGAGAAGCAGUGAUGGUCCCGAUGGUACUUUGGCUCCUUCUGAUGGACAGAGUAUGGAGAGAGCAGAGAGCCCUACCCCAGGAAUGACCCAGGGGAUGGAGCCAGGUGCUGGGCAGGAGGGUGCCAUGUUUGUCCACACCCGUUCCUAUGAGGACUUGACUGAGGCAGAAGAUGGGGCAGCUUCUGGGGACAGCCCCAAAGAGGGCACCGUGGGCCGCCCCCAGCUGCCUGCAGACAUGCGCCAGAUCAGCCAGGACUUCAGUGAGCUGAGCACCCAGCUGACGGGGGUGGCCCGUGACCUGCAGGAGGAGAUGCUGCCAGGAAGCUCUGAGGACUGGCCAGAACCCCCAGGGGCAGCUGGGAGACCUGCUGCGGAGCCCCCCAGGGAGGGCACAGCCGAGGGGGAGGAGGAGGACGCGACCGAGGCCUGGCGCCUGCACCAGAAGCAUGUGUUCGUGCUGAGCGAGGCCGGGAAGCCGGUGUACUCCCGCUAUGGGUCCGAGGAGGCACUUUCCAGCACCAUGGGAGUCAUGGUGGCCCUCGUGUCCUUCCUGGAGGCAGACAAGAACGCCAUCCGCUCCAUCCAUGCAGAUGGCUACAAAGUAGUGUUUGUGCGCCGGAGCCCCCUCGUGCUGGUGGCGGUGGCCCGCACGCGACAGUCGGCCCAAGAGCUGGCGCAGGAGCUGCUCUACAUCUACUACCAGAUCCUGAGCCUUCUCACCGGCGCGCAGCUGAGCCACAUCUUCCAGCAGAAGCAGAACUACGACUUGCGGCGCCUGCUUUCUGGCUCGGAGCGCAUCACCGACAACUUGCUGCAGCUCAUGGCGCGGGACCCCAGCUUCCUGAUGGGGGCUGCGCGGUGCCUGCCCCUGGCCGCGGCCGUGCGCGACGCGGUGAGUGCCAGCCUGCAGCAGGCACGUGCGCGCAGCCUGGUCUUCUCCAUCCUGCUGGCCCGCAACCAGCUGGUGGCGCUCGUGCGCCGCAAGGACCAAUUCCUGCAUCCUAUAGACCUGCACCUGCUCUUCAACCUCAUCAGCUCUUCUUCCUCCUUCCGCGAGGGGGAGGCCUGGACGCCCGUGUGCCUGCCCAAAUUCAAUUCGGCAGGCUUCUUCCACGCUCACAUCUCUUACCUGGAGCCUGACACCGAUCUCUGUUUGCUGCUGAUCUCCACCGACCGUGAGGACUUCUUUGCGGUUUCUGACUGCCGCCGGCGCUUUCAGGAGCGCUUGCGCAAGCGCGGAGCCCACCUGGCACUGCGAGAGGCGCUGCGCACGCCCUACUACAGCGUUGCCCAAGUGGGCAUCCCUGACCUGCGCCACUUCCUCUAUAAGUCAAAGAGCUCAGGACUCUUCACCAGCCCUGAGAUUGAGGCCCCGUAUACCAGUGAGGAAGAGCAGGAGCGGCUGCUGGGCCUCUACCAGUACCUGCACAGUCGUGCACACAAUGCUUCCCGCCCACUCAAGACCAUCUACUACACAGGCCCCAACGAGAACCUCCUGGCCUGGGUGACAGGCGCCUUUGAACUCUACAUGUGCUACAGCCCCCUGGGGACCAAGGCGUCAGCUGUCAGUGCCAUCCACAAGCUGAUGCGCUGGAUCCGCAAAGAGGAAGACCGGCUCUUCAUCCUCACGCCCCUCACUUACUGAUGGCGCUAGGUGUGCAGCAUCGGCCCUGCGAGGCUCUCUGAGCAUGCUGGGAAGCCCUGGGAGCCUGCAAGGCAGGGCUGGCCUCUGCUACCCGGCUAGCAGGUGGGGACUGUGUGUGUAUUAAAGUGCUUUGGGGAAGAAGAC